AUGUCUGCCGGAGAGGUGCUCAAGGCCGACAAGGACUUUACGAAGGAGGUCGAUGCGGCGAUUCCAGAGGCAGAGAAGCUAGCUUCUAGCAAUCCCCAAGCUGGAAUCGAUAAGCUGCUCGCACUCGAGAAGCAGACUCGCCAGGCUUCCGACCUCGCCUCCACCUCCAGAGUCAUCAUUGCCAUCGUCACAAUAGCAAAGAAUGCAAAGGAUUGGAACUUGAUGAACGAGCAGGUCCUGCUCCUUUCAAAGAAGCAUGGACAGCUCAAGCAAGCGACCACUAAGAUGGUGCAGACCGUCAUGGGAUUCUUGGAUGAGACACCAAAUCUGGAGACAAAGCUGUCGGUCAUUGAAACACUGCGCACUGUUACCGAGGGCAAGAUCUUUGUCGAAGUCGAGCGAGCGCGGGUAACACGUAUACUUUCGAACAUCAAGAAGGAGCAAGGCGAUAUCGACUCUGCGACAAACAUCCUCUGCGAGCUCCAGGUUGAGACGUUCGGCUCCAUGACCCGGCGAGAGAAGACCGAGUUCAUCCUACAGCAAGUGGCGCUAUGCAUACAGAAGGGUGAUUGGACACAGGCUGGUAUUCUCAGCAGGAAGAUCAGCACACGAUACUUUGCACGAAAACCGAAGAAGACGCCCGAGCAGCUAGAGAAGGAGCAGAAGGAGCGCGAGGAGAAGGAGAAGAACCGAAGCGUAGAUGACCCUCCGAUUGAGCCAGAGGAUGACGUAACGGAUCUUAAGCUCAAGUACUAUGAGCAGCAGAUCCUCCUGGCGAAGCACGAUGACAAGUACCUCGAUGUCUGCAAGCACUACCGCCAGGUACUAGACACAGAGGCCGUCGAAGAAGACCCAGCCAAGCUUCGGGCGAUUCUUCAACGCGUCAUCUACUUCAUCAUCCUCGCUCCGUACGACAAUGAGCAGUCCGACCUCAUCCACCGUAUCCAGCGCGACUCGCGAAACUCUCAAAUCCCACAAGACGCACAAUUGGUGAAACUCUUCACUGUGCCUGAGCUCAUGAGGUGGCCAAUGGUAGCCAAGCAGUUUGGCCCUCACCUCACCGAGACAGAUGUCUUCGACGCCGAAAAAGGCGACUCAGAUGAUCCAAAGGCAUUCCAGCGGUGGCAGGAUCUGCGAAAGCGCGUCAUUGAGCACAACGUCCGUGUUGUGGCAAAGUACUACACACGUAUCCAGAUCCCGCGCCUUACCGAGCUGCUGGAUUUGACCGAAGACGAAACAGAGAAGAACAUCAGCGAGCUGGUUUCUGCAAAGACCAUCUACGCCAAGAUCGACCGUCCCGCUCGCAUUGUCACAUUCUCGAGACCCCGGGACGCUGAUGACGUAUUGAAUGAAUGGAGCAGUAAUAUGAAGAGCUUGCUAGGUCUUCUUGAGCGCGUUGACCAUCUCAUCACCAAGGAAGAAAUGAUGGCGCGCAUUCAGCCAACAAAGGUGGACAAGAGCAAGGCGGCUAAGGGCAAGGCGAAAUAA